AUGGCAAAGAAUCCAGUUUUCCAUCAGAAAACCAGACACAUUAGUCGAAAGUUUCACUUCAUUAGAGAAUCUAUUCAAGCAAAGGAGAUUGAACUAAUCUACUGCACAACAGAAGAUCAUAUCGCAAACAUUCUAACCAAGGCUUUGUCCAAGGAUUGUUUUGUGUAUCUAAGAGAUCUACUUGGUGUGAAAUCAACCAAAGGGUUAGAAGGGAGUGUUGAUGUGUAA